CAAUACAAUAAGAAACGCUUUGGGAUCAUUAACGUGAAAAGUUCGACUUGCAUAUGUCGAUUGCCGGUCUACCGUCCCCUGCCUCUUUCUUCCUGCUUCUUUUUUAUCUUUAUUCCUACUGACAUUGCUUGCGCCGCGACGACAGUGACGUACGCGGCAUAAACCGUACCCCGAGUCCGCCAUUUCGCGAUGGAGGAAGAUGAGAGUCUGGUGCAGGCGAACGACAGUGUCUCGAUCCCAUCGAAAAAGGAAAGCGGUUAUUUCGAGGAAAACUGUGGUGACUUAAGCGACGUCAUCUUCAGUAAUUACAAUCACUAUGGAGCGCUUCUCAGCGUCGAUACUGCCGGCAUUUUGAUCAUCAAUGAGACCAGACGAUCGGAUCACUGGGAGGAGAGCAGGCAAGGAUCCUCCUUUUCUUCUGGUCUUGUUGAGGACAUAAACGAUCUUGACGUUAACGACUCUGAUGAGGCUAAAGACGACAUCAUCAUCAAACAUCCUGAAGAAACCAAACGUGAUGUAAUCGAAACUUCCGAGGUAGUUUAUGAUCCUGAAGGUUCCAAGGAAUUUGCUUAUACCCACGAGGACUCCUCGGCAGUUCUUUGUAUUCCCGAAAACUUCGAGAAAAACAUUGACUCUGAGGCGCCGGUCUGCGUUCACGAAAAGUCAAAAGCAGUCGUUUACAUUCACAAGAGUCCUGAAGUAAUCGAUUGCACCAAGGAGAAUUCGACAAAUGUUGAGUGUGCAACCAGUCCCUGUACCAUCGUUGAAGAUUGGGAUAAUGCAGAAAUAUCUGUUUGUGACACAGUAAACCUAGCGGACAACGGCACCCAGAAAGUGGACAUGACACACUUCGACUUGCUGAAAGUCCUUGGCACCGGAGCUUACGGUAAAGUUUUCCUGGUGCGAAAGAGAACGGGUGCUGACUCCGGACGGCUUUAUGCCAUGAAGGUGCUGAAGAAGGCCUCCAUCGUGCAGAAGAAAAAGACGACGGAGCACACCAAGUCCGAGCGACAAAUCCUGGAGGCUAUCAGGGACAGCCCGUUCCUGAUAACUCUCUAUUAUGCGUUUCAAACUGACGACAAACUCUGUUUGAUCUUAGAAUAUGUCGCCGGUGGUGAAAUGUUUACGCACCUAUAUCAACAUGACUGCUUUACGGAGGACGCAGUACGAUUUUAUAUUGGCGAAAUUAUCCUGGCGCUAGAGCGUCUUCAUGACCUUGGCGUAAUAUAUCGGGACAUCAAACUUGAAAAUAUACUUUUGGAUAAGGAGGGGCAUCUCGUGUUGACGGAUUUCGGUCUCAGCAAAGAAUUCCUACCGCACGAGAGGAAUGGCAAUGCGCGUACUUACUCGUUUUGCGGAACUAUCGAGUAUAUGGCACCGGAAGUGGUAAAAGCGGGUCCGAACGGCCACGAUAUCGCCGUCGAUUGGUGGAGUGUAGGCGUAUUAACGUUUGAGUUACUAACCGGUGCGUCGCCUUUUACGGUGGAGGGCGAGAAAAAUAAUCAACAAGAAAUUUCGAGGAGGAUAUUGAAGAAUGAUCCGCCACCAAUGCCGAGCCACCUGAGUGCCAACGUGAGCGAUUUCAUCACCCGCUUGUUGAUCAAAGAUCCACGACAAAGAUUAGGCGGUGGACCGCGCGAUGCUAAAGAGCUCAAGGAACAUCCCUUUUUCAUGGAUGCGGCACCGGCCUUCACUUGGGAAGGUCUGGAGAAAAAACAGAUCAAGCCACCUUUGAUUCCCAAAAUUUCGCACGAAUUGGAUACCAGCAAUUUUUCAGACGAAUUCACGAAGAUGAAUGUCGUCGUUGACAGUCCAGCGGUCAUUGAUGGUGACUAUCCUGACAAACAUUUUAGAGGUUAUUCCUAUGUAGCGCCUUCGAUAUUAUUCACCGACAACGUGGUGAGCAGGGAUAUCUUCGGUGGCGAGGCCAGUUCGCAACGGCCUUUGUUGUCCGAUCUGCUGAACACGUGUUUCGAGGAGUCCACGUUCUUCCAAACGUACGAGUUAGACCAAGCGGGACCAGCUCUAGGUGACGGCAGUUUUUCGAUUUGUCAGCGGACUUUGCGUGCGUGCCAACGUCACGCGAACGUAGUGAAAUUGAUAGAAGUCCACCAUGAUCGACUUCACACAUACAUCGUGAUGGAAUUGCUCUCGGGCGGGGAGUUGUUACAACGACCGCGCCCAUUCUCGGAGCGGCAGGCCAAGCGAGUGAUGCGGCAAUUGGCAUCCGCAGUGCGAUACAUGCACUCGCGUGGCGUAGUGCAUCGUGAUCUCAAGCCAGAGAAUAUCGUAUAUGUGCAUCAAGGCGAAGAUUCGGCUGUAAAGAUAGUUGACUUUGGAUUUGCUCGGAUGAAGAACAGCUGCGAGCCGUUACACACGCCCUGCUUCACGCUCCCGUACGCUGCCCCGGAGGUUGUGGCCAACCAAGAAUACGACGAGAGCUGCGACAUGUGGUCCCUGGGGACUAUUCUGUAUUUCAUGUUAUCCGACAAUCCACCUUUCCGUACAGAUACACCUAACGUGGCGAUGCGCAUCAAAGCCGGUGAGAUUAAUUUUGACAGCGAGACUUGGAGUCACGUGUCCCCGGGUGCGAAACAAGUGAUGAAAGGUUUGUUAAUAAUCGAUCCCAACAAUAGACUCACCGCAGCUUCUCUGGUGUACCAUUCGUGGUUGACGACGCAUGACACAACGAUUCUCCCGGUAACACCAGUCACUGAUGCGGUUCACGCGGACAAUGCGGUAGCCGUCAGUUCAACGUCAACGCACGAGCGCGAAGGUUUCCGGUUGCGCGCGGUCGAUGCCGCCAAACUGGCUCAGCGUCGCAAGCACAAACGUUCCAAUUCCAGUUCCUCGACGUCGAGACCGUCUUCUUCUUCCUCCUCGAGUCCGUCGUCGGUUCAGUUGCUGCGUCUACCAAGCGCUACAGCAAGUGCUGCAAACACUUCCACCUCGUCACCAAGCGUCUUCGAUUUUAAUGAUGAAGUUGUUAACGAGUACCUGAGUUCCCUAUCUUCUUCUUCCGAUUCGAAUUCCUCGAUAAGACUUUCACUCUUGCAAGAAUUGGAGAAGACCGCGAAAAAGCGGACCAAACGCAAUGCCGACCAUGAAUCGUGUCAACCAAUAAUCCCGACGAAAAAGCAUCGACAUCGACGCGACGUUGACAGCGAAGCUAGUGGCAGCAGUAGUAGCGGGCCAAUGACACGAUCGCGGAAACGUAAACUCGAACAAAUAAUAAAUUCGGACAGAGAUAUAGGUUCUGACAAUUCCGCGGAGUCGUUCGAGUCGUCCUCGCAAGUCGCGCAAGACGAAGAGAAUGUCCAUAGGAGACAUAAAGCUGGCAAACGGCCGAAACGCCUUGCCACGAUUAUAGUCGAGUAGAGAGUUUUCCUACUUAUGCUUGGUCCAGUAACGCUCCAAUGAAUUCACACUUUGUUUCCUAUGCAUUUUACACGGUAUAUCUUUAUAACACCGCUGCCUUCUGCGUUCGUACAGGACGCGAACAUCGCAUCAUUCCUAUCUCAUCAGAGUUUUAGAAUAUCGUAUAUAAAUAUAUAAAUAGCUAUAACAUAAUUAUGCCAUCCCAUCUUCUUAAAAAAAUCUUGGUCCAUUUUCUAUCUAAAUAAUUGUAUAAUUGAAAAGUGCAUUCUUACGAUGCUAAUUUAAAUAUAUUAGAUAGAUACCAGAAAUGGACGUGUAUAAAACGAUAUAUCAUUAUGGUCAGGGUCUCAACAAAGUAUCAACGUUUCUCCGCGAAGAUUUGCGCAAUAUACAGAAAUUAUUAUGCAGUGUACAGAAUUUUAUUUUUAUUACUUCUGUCAGAGAGAAACAGAGAAAUGUAAAGUAGGCGGAUGCAAAUAAGAUGGUGAAUCGUUUUGUUGCGUUAAACUGGGAUUGUCUGUGAUUAUAGUGCGAGGACGACAAACGUUGUAAGUUAUUAUAACUUAUUACACACUCCCGUUAAAAUUUUCUUCCAAAAACUCACUUCUGCAAUCGAUAAUCACAAAAAUGAUGAUUAGUGAUUAACUAGCCAAUACGAAGAAAAUUUUAGCGAUUGCUUAUAACGAAUGUAUAUGUGGUGAAUGUGCCUCAAAAACUCAUUUCAUUAUGAGUACAUUAAAGAUAUUAAUGUAAUAGAAAUGACACGCGAUUACGCGAAGAUAACAAAAGCAACUGUUAUUACCAGUGGUACCUCAAUCAAGAAAAAUGAAAAAAAACAUAUUUAAAAAAUACUAUUUGUUAAAAAAGAAAAUAUAAAUUAAGCACUCUUUUACGAAUAGUGUUAUUGAGAAUAAUGACACAUAUUUAUACAAUUAAAGAA